AUGGACAUUCCAAAAGCUCUCCAUCACGUCCAUCACGGACCAAACAGCACCAUAUACACCUUCAACAAAGAUCACAAGCCCACCCUCACAGUCGAUUCCGGCACCGAAGUGACCUUUGACAACACCCACGCCGGCUUCGUAAACCUCACCAAAGACACAACAACAGCAGAUGUCGCCGCAUUAGACAUAAAAUCUGCCCCGGAGCUCGAAAAGUUGGUUGGCCUACUGUACGUCAAUGGCCCAGUAUACGUCAACGGCGCCGAACCAGGCGACAUUCUCAAAGUUGAGAUCCUCGAAUUGCAACCCGGCUCAUGGGGCUGGACGGCCAUCAUCCCAGGAAUGGGCCUCUUACAAGACGAUAUUCCAGGCCCUCAUCUCAAGACGUUUGAUCUCCCCGGGGGUCAAGACUACGCCGUGUUUAAGCCGGGCAUACACAUUCCGCGUCAGCCCUUCUACGGCACCAUGGGCGUCGCCCCGGCAGAAGGCGACCAGUACUGCUUGUUUCCGGGCAACGACAUAGGCGGAAACUUUGACUGUCGAUACUUAGGCGAGGGCUCAACGCUCUUCCUCCCAGUCAAUGUCCCCGGUGCGCUAUUUGGCGUCGGUGACGCGCACUUUUGCCAAGGAGACGGUGAAAUCUGCUGUCUUGCGCUGGAAACUACGAUGCGCUCGCGGAUGCGUCUAAGUGUCAUCAAGGGCAAGGAAAGGCUUGGCGGGCCGCACUAUGAGACGAGCCCGGAGCGGGUAAAGGAGAUGGUGAGUCUUAAAGGUAAAGGAGAGCACGGGGCGAUGAUCACAGGAGAUGAUCGCGAUACGGUUGUGAAGCAGGCUGUGAAGGAGAUGUUGAGGUGGCUUGAGGAGGAGAAGGGACUGACGAGAGUGGAGGGGUAUAUGCUCUUCAGCCUUGUUGGAAAUCUGAAGAUGAUGCAUGAGAUUGGGCUGGGCGUGUACACUGUGUCCGCGAGUAUCCCUCUAGGAAUAUUUGUCGACUGA